CGGCGCCCCCGGGGAGGCCCCGAAUUAUUUCUUGAGCGCCCACUGUGUGCUGAACGUCUUGCUAGGGUUGACGAAGGGGAUCUUCCUGUCAGAUGUGGGGUUCGAACCCCGCUGUGAAACGGUUAAGGGAAGUUGCAGCAGAUGAGGGAUGGAGGCGCAGGGAGGAUGAAGAGCUUGCUGGGGCUGGAGUUGCGGGUUCUGUUGGAAAGUCGCGGGAGCAGCAGGGCGCAGGUGUGGCCCGGGAAUGCCCCCGGGUCUAGCCCCUUGGCCAGGAAAAGAAACAGUUUGAGGGGAAGGAAGGUAGUUUUGUUGGUUGACGCCUGGAAGAGGACAGCAGACUCUAGUGUCUGGGAAGAUCCCCCUCCAGGGUGUUUAUCCAGAGUUUCAGGGAGUAGAAGGGGGAGAGGCGGGGGUCGGCGUGGCCUUGCCAUUCUGUGUGAAGCCGGCGGGCUUUGGCCAGCAUCUAGUGGUCGCGAUUUUGAUGUUAUCUUUGUAGCAAAGCUCUUUUCCCUUGGCAUGUGAAAAAGCAGAGUUUAUUAAGCUUAUAGGGAAAAGAAAGGAAAUGGUGCAGCUUAUCUGGUGGGACAGAGACUCAGAGACUGUUGCUGCAUCAGGGGCAAGCAGGGCCUUUGGCCUCAGUUUGAGAAACAGCCUUGGCUUUCAGUUUCUCUCCAACAGAAACUCCAAGUGUAGACACGAGACGCAUCUUCAGGAUUAAAUAAAAAGCAGGACUUGAGAUGAGGUAGGAUGGAGCUCAGGGCGGGUGGAGCCACUCACCGGACCUGUGGGGAAGAUGUUGUCAUUGAUGGCUUCUGGUUUCCUGAGUCAGUUGUGAGGAGGAAAUAGUACACGAGGUGCUGUGGAGGUCAGUGUCAGGGCCAAAGCUCACCCAUACACCCGGGGCACAGUGGGCAGGGUGAACACCUUGGUGACCAUUCUUCCUUGGGACUGCAAACCAGAAGAGCAGCUAUUGGCCCAGGCAGAAGGGACGCUAUGGUCACGGAAUUCCUGUCCCUGCUCUGUCUUGGUGAGUGUCCAGGACCAGGACCCACAGACUUGACGGGGCUUUGUCUGGGCUAUGAAGAUGAGAAAAGGGAUGAGUUGCUUCCUCAGCCCUUCCUCAGCGUCUUGCCCAGCUCAGUGGUUGAACGCGGGAGCAACGUGACCCUGGCGUGUCAGUCUCGCUUCCAGAAUGUGACAUUCGUGCUAGGAAAGUUGCAGGACCCCGAGUACAAGCACGAGCAGAGAUCAGCGGGAAACUACACUGAAUUUCUCCUCACUCACCUGGAGCCUAAGGAUGCUGGGACGUACUUUUGUGCCUACAGGACAAUGACCUCCCGUGUGUGGUCAGAGGAGAGCAGGGGCCUACAGCUGGAGGUCACGGAUGACCGUGAAGGGCAUGUUGCGCCCUCAGCAAAAGCAGACCCCAGAAUCACCUUUGUCAUCACCUUCAGCUGCCUCUCCAUCUGCCUCCUCUUCCUCUCUGUCAUCUUCAUCUACCGCUGCACACAGGAGGGUUCAUCACAAGAGGAAUCCACUGAGAGAUCCAUCUGCUCUGAGUUUCCCGAGCAGGAAGUUGCUGAUUUACCCGAGCUGAAAAGGAUGUCUGCCUUGGAUGAAGACACCCAGGAAGUGACCUGUGCCCAUCAAAACACCAUGGCACCAUUGGGGGCAGCUUCUGAUCCACCAGGCUCUUGUGAAUGUGCAACACUGAAGGUGUAAGAAGUGAGAUUUACAUGUGUGGAUUUCAAGGUGGAAUUAAAUGUAUUAUUCUGAAAAAGAUCAUCAAGAUGGAAACUGAAGAGCAUAAGACACCAAGCCCGGGGUCCCCUGCAGGAAGUCCAGGUCCACCUGCACCAGCUGCCCACCCCUGGGGUGACCACACUCAUGUCCUGACUUCCACAAGAAGCACCCAGCGGUGGUGCAUCUGAAGGGGCAUCACCUGCAGUCCUCGGUUGACGGUUGACAAAGUCGCCCCUUAGCGUAGCAGGACAAAGAGGAAUAUCUGUCUGUUCCUUUUGCCCCCAAAGUCAUUCUCUUUAAAACUCGGGAACUCUUGGCAGCCAUCUGUUUCACCAUGUGGAAGAAGCAGGCCUUUAAUGAGAAACAUAAAGAUGACUCAGAGAGCAUCCGGCAAACCAGACUGAGCCUGAAUGCCUCCAGCUUUUGUUUUCUCGGCAGUAAUUGCUUCAGCAUCCUUUUCCUCCUCGAAGCUUUCUGGUUCAGUCCUUCUCAAAAACUUCCGAGCCGCAAGCCAGAAACAAAACACGCAUGCACAAAACCCCCCAAAAGUUCUUUGAGUCUAAUGAGCCUGAGAAGGAAUUUUCUUUUGAUCAAAGAGUCUUGACAACUUAUAUGAAACUCGAUCACCCCAGUGGAGACCAUGUAUGGCCAUCCUCUCUGGUGUUCUUCCUCUGAUAUUUUUAUUGUAUGCUUUUAUUGAAGUACCGUUGCAUUAUCAUCUUUUAAUUACCUAAUAAAUUUAAC